AUGAAUCUGGAUGAGACUGGAUCUUCAUGGGCUCAAGAUCAUUGUGAAGUUUUGAUAUUGCACAGUUUGAUUCCAAGAAUUGUUCGCUAUACCGAUGCCAAUUUGCUUUUCAAGUUACAUCCAGUAGUCGAUAAAUCAUAUCAGGCAACAUUUAUUGACCAUUUAUUGGAAAAAAGUUGGACUCAAUUGCAUGCAAUCGAUGAUUUAUUUCUCUACAAAUUUAAUCCAUCUGCCAAACAAACAAUUCCGGGUAAAUACAAAUUUUUGACGCAUUUAAACGUUGGAAGAGCAGUUGCAAGGCGACAACCACAGCUAGUAACAUCGACAACAUUACCAUUUGAUGGAAACAAAUUCAAUUUCAACAAAAUUAAACCCCAAGAGUUGCUGUUCAAAGUUUCACGAGAUGAUUCGGACUGUCCUGUUGCUCAUAUCAUAAUAAACAAUAGUCCAAUUGAAUAUUGUAGUUCACUGAUGGUUAUUGAUCCAGAAAAAUGUUUACCUCAACGAUUAACCAGUUCAUCUUUGCAAAUGGCUAUCGAAUUCUGUGCCUUAGGUCAAUAUUAUCGGCUGGGUUUCAACUCUCUUGGCGCUGAAGCCUCAGUGAAUCACUGUCAUUGGCAUGUUUACCACCAAAGGGAUUAUUUAUAUCUUCAAUCUGUCUCAGUUGUUUCAGAGAGUAAUCCCAUUUUUACCGAUUUUCCGCUUCCUGGUUUCAUGUUUGAGAUAACUUCUGCUUCGAUGAUCCCUCAAGUUGUAUUCAAAGUCAUGAGAUUGGUUGAUCAUGUGUACACACAUGAUGACCAGGCAUACAAUUUAUUCAUCACAAGGAAUGAAUCUAAUGACUCCAUACGAGUUUUCAUUUGGAUUCGUAAAGCUUCUUUUGGAUUAAAGAACCAAUUUAAAUUUAAUCCAGCAUUCUUAGAACUCAGUGGAUUCUUCAAUUUAAAUAAUGUUUUAUUAAUGAUUGAAGAUGAUAAUGUUGGCUGUGAUAAAACAUGCUGA